UUACAGUCAGUCAUCAGUGAGAUUUCGUAAAGAAAACAUAUUCGGAAGCCAAUAACAACUGAAAAAAUUCGUGUGACGUGCGACACAUUUGGGUAGAAGCAUAUUUAUUUUAUAAGUGCUCUGGAUAGCAAAAUUUGCCAUUGUGAGGCAAUUGUAAACCUUCAGAGGUUUGAUUUUAUGGAAAAAAAUUAAACAGUGCGCAGUAUCGUAUGUGAAAAAAGUUCGAAGUCAUGUUGGUGAAAGAGUGAAGUUUUGAAGAAGAAAAAAGUAUAAUUUUCCUGAGUGCAAGUGCAGAUGAAUGAAGCGAAAAUUUACUUACCCAGUCAAAUAUCGGUGAAGCAAAAGGAACACAGCUAUCCUUUUCGCAGGAGCUGAAUCUUGCGUUCUAGUAUCGUUUAGCAGUACAGUUUUGUUUGCACUCGUUGAAAAGCAAAAAAGAAAUCAAAAUGGCGCGUCCCCGUUGGUGUUUUAUCGUUUUGACAAUGGUACUGCUGCUGAUGGAUCUCAUUGGGGAGGUUCUUUCAGUGCGGCACGGCUUUCCACCAGAUAUUUUACAUGUGGACUACGGUGAAGACUUGUCGGUAAGACACCCGAUUUUGAUUGAAAGUCCCCUAGCAGCGGAAAAACUUUUGACCAGCAGCCGGUGGAAGCGCAGCCCCGCAGGAACCGGUUCUGGUUCAUCGACAACCGGCGGUAGUUCAACGUCUUCUAUGACGUCGCCGAUCAGCAGCUCGAACAAGGAUGGCAAAAAUGUCAACGAUGUAAUUGAAGCUAAGGUGAAUAAACUGAACGACUCACAUGCUCAACUGAUUGUGCAUUGGCUCGGCGAGGGAACAAGCGUGAUGAUUUGCUUGGCACGCGAGCCUCCUGCUGACAAUGAUGCGAAAGCACCACCCCCGCAGCCGUCCAGAAUAUUUGUUUCGAAAGACUACGGUGACACGUUCGAUGAUCAGACGGAAAUGUUUGAACUCAAUAUAAAUGGAUCCAUCGUAAAUUCCACUGUGGAACAAUUUUUCACCCAUCCAAAAUUCAACACGAUUGUGUUCACCGAUCCAAGAAAUAAAGCGAUAUUCACCUCUGAAGACUACGGUAAUUCCGUGACGGUGCGAAUGCUCAAUUUCACACCAUCCGACGUUACGUUCUAUGAAGCAGAUACUAAGAUGAUACUUAUUCUCGACAAAAAAGACCCGGAACGGAAGCUCUACUAUACUACAGAUUUUGGUGCUUCUUUUACACUUCUUCAAAGUUAUGUAAAAUCCUACAUAUGGUCGUCCGGAGAAGGCGUACCAAUUCAUUUGUACGUAGAACGUAAGGAACCAACAAAUACUUCCUCUGUGAUAUUUUACAACGCGUCUAACUUGCGUAAAAAUAUCAAUCAGUUUAAUGUACUGAUUGAAAAGGUGGAAGAUUUCCAUAUCAAGAAGGACUUUAUGUUUGCUUCGCAGCGACUCCCCAACAACACUCAACUAUUGAUUAGCUACAAACGAGGCAAAUUUGUUAAGGCCGAUUUUCAAACCGAACUAGACAUGAAGGGUUACCACGUAGCAGAUGUUGAUGGUCGACGAAUCAUGAUUUCGGUGGUACACACGGAACGCAUAUCCCAUUUGUACGUUUCUGAGUCAAAUGCCGACAUGACAGAAAUCAAAUUUGUUCCCAGCCUGGAGAAUGUUUUUACUUAUAUGCCUGAACUGAAUUGGAGAUCCAGCUGGUUGGUUCAAUCAUCGGAUGGGGCUUUUACCGAUCUAUACAAGGUGGAAGGAUUGCGAGGAAUUUAUAUUGCGUCUAAAAUCAACAGAAUACCCCUUGGCGAGACAAUCUCGCCAGAUUCGCUGGUAUCAUUGAUUACGUUCGAUCACGGCGCAUCGUGGAAACCAAUAACUGCUCCUACUACAGACGACGAUGGUCAACCAAUUCAGAAUUGUGUGAAGGAUUGUAGCUUGCAUUUAUCGCAGAAAUUCAGCUCAUUGUAUCCGGUAACCAGAUCUGUGAGCAUAAUGAGUUCCAAGUCAGCGCCAGGUGUUAUUAUGGCUUCCGGAGUAGUGGGUAAAUCGCUUAAAGGUCAUCCAGGUGUCUAUAUUUCACGAGAUGCCGGACUGACAUGGAAGCAAAUUUUGAAAGAUUAUCAUUUCUUCAACAUGGGUGAUCACGGUGGAAUUCUGGUGGCAGUUAAAUACUUCAAGUCAAAGGGGGAAACAAACGAGAUUCUGUACUCGACAGAUGAGGGCGAAAAGUGGAUGUCAACGUCUUUUCAUUCGACUAACCUGAAAGUUUAUGGUUUAAUGACUGAACCGGACACCAACACGACUAUCUUCACGCUCUUUGGAUCGGAGCAGGAGGAACAUAAAUGGCUUAUUAUAAAGAUCGAUUUGAAGAAGGCUUUCACUUCUAACUGUACCGAAGACGAUUACAAAUUCUGGGCUCCAGCGGCUAACACAAGCGAGCCGUUUUUGCCGUGUAUUUUGGGUCUACAAGAUACGUACCAGCGAAGAAAACCUCACGCUAAUUGUUAUAAUGGACUUGACUACGAACGGCCGAUACGACAACAAGUAUGUUACUGCACUAGCUGGGAUUUCGAGUGUGAUUUUGGAUUUAGCCGAAGUGGGUUUAUGAACAGUCCUUGCGUGAGAAAUAAAACUGUGGCGAACUACGAUCCAUAUGCGAUUCCAGCCACUUGUAAGCCAGGCCAGUUUUUCAACAGAACCAAAGGUUAUCGUAAAAUUGAAGGUGAUGUUUGCGUAGAUGGAUUUUCCUCUCAAUAUUUACCACAAUCGGUUCCCUGUCCAAUGGAAGAAGUGAACGAUUUUCUAGUGAUCGCACAAAGAGAUAAGAUUUCGCGAAUUAAUUUGAGCAAUAAAACACGAGAGGGUUUCCCAGUAACCGGCCUUAAAAAUGUGAUAGCUAUCGAGUUUGACAAGAAACACAAUUGCGUAUUUUGGGCAGAUAUAAUGACCGAUGUCAUUGGUCGACAGUGCUUGAAUGGAGAUCAACCGACAGAGUUGCUGAUCGAUAGUGGACUUUCGUCAGUGGAAGGUAUGUCCUAUGAUUGGAUAUCUGAGAUGCUAUACUUUGUGGAUGGCAUGCGGUUAAAAAUUGAAGCUGUUAAAACCACUUCAAGUCAUUUGGGUCGCAUGAGACGUACAAUAAUUGAUGCCCCCAAUCUGAAUAAACCUCGUGGCAUUGUUGUACAUCCUCUACAAGGAUACUUGUACUGGACGGAUUGGAAUGCUCUGCGACCGUCAGUUUCUAGAGCUAAUCUUGACGGAAGUGACGUGAGAGUGCUCUUCACGAAGCCCGAUGUAAUUUGGCCAAACGGUGUUACUAUCGAUUAUAUUGCUGAGCGGUUAUAUUGGGUCGACGCAAGCAAGGAUUACAUUGCAAGUAGUGAUUUGAAUGGCAAAAAUUUCGUUAAAAUCUUACAACAGGAUUCUCGUGUUGCGCAUCCGUUCGCUGUAGCUGUUUUGAAGGAUCUCAUGUAUUGGGAUGAUUGGAAAAUGAACUCUGUGUACUCUGCGGAUAAAGAUCAUGGCAUAAUGAUUAACAUAAUCGCUGAGGAGAUGUUGAAUGCGAUGGAUCUCAAAAUUUACGGUCACUCUAUCCAGGAAGGCACAAAUGCCUGUUCGGAAGGCAAUAAAUGUUCUCACAUUUGUGUUGGUGCCCCGAAGGGAGGGUAUAGUUGUCUGUGUCCGGACGGCAUGGAAAAGAACGCUCAAGGUCAGUGCCUGUGUCCAGGUGGAGUGACACCAUUUGCAAACAACACGUGUGCACGAUCUGGAAGCACUUGUGGUUCGAAAUUCUUCGAUUGCAAGAACGGCAUCUGUGUUCCAUUAAUGUACAAAUGCGAUGGUGACGAUGAUUGUGGUGAUCGAUCGGAUGAAGAAGGGUGUCCCUCGGAUAAACCUCCAUGCCCCCCGUAUAUGUUCACGUGCAAAUCUGACAAACAAUGUGUACCGAAAUAUUUCGUUUGUGACUUUGAUCGUGACUGUUUGGACGGAUCGGACGAACAAAAUUGUAAACCGGCAUCCUGUAGAUCCGAUGAGUACACCUGUGGAAAUGGACGCUGCAUUAACAAGAGCUGGCAGUGCGAUGGUGAAGAUGAUUGUCGUGAUGGAACCGAUGAAAAUCAUUGUCAUAAAAACAGCACCGCCGUAGUGGAGUGUAAACCCGACGAAUUUCGAUGCAAUGGAACGAACACCUGCAUUCCGAAACAGUGGCGCUGUGAUACCGAGCAUGACUGCAACGAUGGUUCAGAUGAGUUCAGCUGCGCAAAAAAAGAAUGUGAGUUAUGGAUGUUCACGUGUGAAAGCGAUAUGCGUUGCAUUUAUAGAACAUGGCAAUGUGAUGGAGAAAAGGACUGCAAGGAUGGCAGUGAUGAGAAGAAUUGCAGUGCAUCAACUGAGGUGCCAAAGAAACCCGGAAUUAACUUCUUGCCGGGAGAUUCAUGCCAUGACUGGAUGUUUAAAUGUGCCAAUGACAAAUGUGUGCCAUAUUGGUGGAAGUGUGAUGAUGUGAAUGACUGCGGGGAUGGUUCGGAUGAAGCUGGAUGUAACUCUACACAAUCGAUGACGAGUACAACACUGAAACCGAUUCCAACGAGGAAAAAGGAACGACUUUGCGGCUUACAUGAGUUCCGUUGUGACUCUGGAGUAUGCAUUUCGAAACGAUUCGUUUGUGAUGGCUAUGAAGAUUGCACCAGGGGCGAGGACGAAGAUAACUGUCCAUCGCAAAAGCAGUGCAGCAUUAAACACUUCAAAUGUCGCAGCGAUGGAAUGUGUUUGCCAAUGGAUAAGUACUGCAAUAACGUUGUUGAUUGCGCUGACGGGAGCGAUGAAGAUUGCAAGUUCAAACCAAACACACCGGCUACAAUCAGUAACAACUGCACAAAUAAUCCCGGCGUGUUCGCAUGUGAUAAUACGUGCUUUGCUCUGAUGGUGCAAUGCGAUGGAAAGCCCGAUUGCUAUGACGGAACUGACGAGGAAAAUUGCAAAAAAAUGAAGACCAAACAUUACCAGGUUACUCAAAUUGGAGUUGAUGAACGUUCAUUGAACUCCACAAGUUUUCUCAUCUUUUGGUGGAUCCCGUUGCCGCAAGAUGUUAGCUUCGAAUAUCUUCCUUCGAUUUAUUACAACGGUGAGUGGAAGAAUGUCAGCAACUGGAUCAAUCAGACGGAUUAUCGAUUCACCAAUUUGAAACCAUACACGCUUUACAAUGUAACCACGUACGUACGUGUAAAAAAUCAAACUAAAAUUACACCACCGUACAUUUAUUACGAGAUCGCUACUAGCGAAGGAAUUCCGAGUGUUCCUUUAAAUGUAUCGGUCGUUCAAAUCAAUGGAUCUCGAAUUCAAGUCAGCUGGCAAGCCCCGAAGGAAGUGAAUGGACAAUUGCAAGGUUACACCAUAAACUACCGUUCGCAAUCAAAGAACGUCGGACCUGCUCAGAACGUGAAAGUUGGAGCUUCCGAGACCAGUGUUAUUAUCGAUACUGAGUUCAAACCCAACGUAGUGUACGAAUUUUGGGUAAAGGCUCGCAACGGCAAACAUGAGUCAAUCUCUUCCAAUAUGGUUCAGCUAAAGUUCGAUGGUACAUCAAACAUUGAAAAAAUCAGUAAAAUUGAUGUAGUUAAUAUUACGAAAAAGUCAGUCACGUUGGAAUGGAAACCGGUAAACAAUGCGGAUGGUUACAUGAUUCAACCGAUUCUACCUCAGUCUUAUCCAUUGUUGAAUACCAUUUGGACCAAAAAUUCAACCGUUACGUUGGAUAAUAUGGUUCCAGGUACACAAUACGUUAUUAAAGUGGCUGCCUAUGUUAAGCAGUACGUUGGACGUCAUGAAACCACCAUUGUUUCAUUUGGUGGGGAUCCCCUGCCUGCUGUGCAAUUUAGACUGAAAGAACAAACGCAAAAUUAUUCACUGAUUGAAUGGGAUGAGCCACAGGGAAGCUUCGGCAGGUUGAUUUAUGGCAUUUACUAUGGAACAAAUAUGGAUCAGCUGUUCGAAGCAUCAAAAGUAAAUACCACUGCUACUAGUUACAAACUAACAAAAUUGCGACCUUGCGAAUCGUACGUUGUUAGCGUUGGUAUCGUUGGUCCCAUUGGACCUGGUCCGUUGGGUCGCAAUCCGCUUAAACUUGAUACGCCUUACAACAACACAUUGCCACCAAAGGAACUAACCGUUGAUAUAAGCGAAACUAGUCAGAUGUACUCAGAAAUGAUAAUUCAGUGGAAGCAUAGCUGUUCGCUGGAGUCAUCAUCCUAUCCUAAUUACAUUAUUUCCGUGCGCGAGUUAACGAAAAACAAAGUUUCUCUCGUGAAUAUAAAAUCGUCGGCCAACAAAACGCUAGUGCACGUGUUCCGCAGUAUACCCCGUGGAGCAGCUUAUGAAAUAGGCGUCUACACCGAUGUUCCGAAUGCUCAACCGGCUUACACGGCUGCCUAUUCUGCUCCUCUACCAGCUCCGGUACGCUUGGAUGUACUGCCCGAAACUAAUGGAACUUAUGUGGUGUAUUGGAAACCAGUCAACGGUUUAAAGGAAAUUGAAUUUAACUAUCAAGCGGUUGUAUACGAAGGAAGAGGUGUCAACACAUCCAUCCCACCCUUGAUUGUCAUCGAAGCCAAAGAACCACCAAUUUUAAUACAUCCAGAUCGAUUGUCUGGUUUACCCAUGAAUAGUCUUUUCACGGUUGGAGUAAGACUUAAAACAGCCGACGGUUUCUUCUCCGACAUAGUUGAAAUUCAGUCGUUCUCCAAACUUAAUUCCCAGGGUUUAGUGCGGGAGUCUUCCUUUUCGUAUGCGUGGUUGUGGAUUAUUCCCACCAUAAUCGCACUAGUACUCGCUCUCACAGUGGUGUAUGUAGUGCAAAGGCACCGGCGCUUGCAAAAUUCGUUCAGUCGCUUUGCUAAUUCACACUAUGACACUCGAACGGGUGCCACUCGCAUUGGUGAUAGUCUGGAUGACGAUGAACAUGAGCACCAGGAGGUGCCUAGAAGCUUCUCCGACGACGAGCCGUUGGUUAUUGCGUAAAAGAUCUCGCUAAUGGCUAGUAGAAUUCAGAGGAAAGAUAUCAAUAAAACGCAGAAAACGCUUGUGCAACUACUAUGCUCACGCAGAAGAAAAAUAAUUCUGAAGCAAAACGAUAGGGAUUAACAUUACACGUGAAUCAUGUCUCCUAGGUUGGGGCUAGGUUCGUUUUGUCUGUGAAAAUAAUUAAAAUUUUUAAAUAGUGCUAGUAGUAAUGCAUGUGUAAAGUCCUAAAAACAAAAGACUUGUAAUUGUGUAUUUAUGUUGAUUUUAUUUUGAUAGGUUUAUUUAGUUGCGUUUUACUGUACAUUUUUAAGCUGUUUUCUUUGUAUAGAAGAUUUCCUGUAACAUAUAUCGAUAACAGUAUGCAUCCGGUAUCAAGUAAGACUUUUUGCAACGCGUGAGACCGAACGGACAAAAUGAGUGAAAGUGUGGCACAAAGAGGAGCAACUUCUAAGGCACACAGACCAAGGAACAAAGAUAUUAAAGAAAGUAAGAAUUCAAAUCUAGAGAAAAGUGAAUACGGUAGUCGUGUUAGAACGAUCAUAGAGACAAAUCAGCUUUUUCAGUACAAUGAAAAUACUGACCAGAGGCAUUUGUUAUCUUAGCAAAGAAGAAGAAGCACAUCCAUGUUAAACUUGAAACCAGUCGUGUAGUAAAAGCAAUUCAAAGAUUAUUUUUAAUAGGGUCAUUUUAUCGAACGAAGGCGUCUUCAUAGAGAAUCAGUUUUGAGGUAAGAGUCUAUUAAUAACGUAAUGUGUUUCCGGUGUUUUAAAUAGUUACAAUAACUAUUUCCUAUAUUUUUUCAAAGCUUUAAACUGUUAGCAAUGAGUUUUCUUCUGUUCGGUACGAAAUGCAGAAUGAAUUCUUAAUAGUUUCAGAUGAUGUGCUAAAUGUAAAUGAGAAUUAACUAUGAAGACAAAGAUUAAUGAUAGUAGAUAAAAAUAAUGAUACAUUAUUAUUAUUUUUAUUCAGUAAGCAUACGGUAUGGUAUUGGCAAACAAAUGUUUGAAAUGUGAUUUUGUUCGUGUUUUGCGUAAAAUAAAGGGUAUGAGAGAAAUAAUUUUCUGCAAAACGACAGUCCCAAAUCGAGAUUUUCCAACCAGACAACUUCUUCCUAUUUGAUCGGUUCAUGUUUUCGAAUGUCUUUGUAUCUAGAGAAAUGAAUCGUUCCAAAAGAUGAAACUAAAUGAUAAGUAGUGAAAAAAUAAAUAACCUUACGGAUUAAAGUAUGAAUAAUGAUUGUAUUCGUAAAGUGUAGAAUUGAGAUGCAAAGUGACGUGGGAAUAAACUCUCAAUACCAAACGUA